AUGACCCACGUGCUGACUCUAAACUUAGCUAAAUCUGUAGCCAAGACCACAACUGCCAUGGUCGCUGCUCAAUUGCCCCCUUUUCUCGCACCGUUCACUCCCAAAUAUUCUCUUAAUCUACCCUCAGUCUGCCAGAAUGCCUAUUUUACUCAUCGUGGGAACCUAGGGUCGUCUCAAGCUUUGUGGUGGACACCACGAGAUCAGCACUGCCAACCUAACGCAGUAUUACUCUUUAUACCUGGCAAUCCAGGACUUGUGGACUUCUACAUACCUUUUCUCUCUACUAUACACGAGAAUUACACACAUUUGAACCUCGGGAUAUUAGCUCAUUCUCAUUUGGAUCAUUAUGCUGGAUUAGAAAGGAAGCCAGAGGGGAGAUAUUCACAAGGGGAAUUUUUAUCUAUACAAGUUCAAAGCACCAUUGAAGUUCUGGACGCGAUCUUAAGUUACUACACUCCAAGCACGAAGAUUAUUCUUGUCGGACACAGCGUUGGCUCCUGGAUAAUUUCGCAAAUUUUAAAAGAGAGGAAAGAUUACAUAAAGGCGGUGUUCCUCUUAUUCCCAACCCUUAGCAACAUUGCAAACACCCCCAACGGAAAGCUAUUACAUCCCAUCUUCGCACCAUUGUCAAGGCAUAUCCUUUCUUCAUUCUCGUUCCUCAUAGGAUUUCUUCCGCGGUCUCUACUGUCCGCACUGUAUUCCAGCUGGCCUGAACAACAACUCCGGGUGCUACAGAAUUUCUUAUCUUCAAAAACAACUAUUUUUUCUGCGUUAACUAUGGGCGCGGAAGAAAUGAGUACAAUAAAACAACUGGAAGCUCAUAUCUUGAAGGAGAAUAAAGAAAAAAUAUACGCAUAUUAUGCACAACAAGAUGAUUGGGUUGGUGAGGAGAGACAAGUAAUCUUCAACCUGCUCGAUCCAGAUUGUCAAUCGUCACAAGUGGUCCAAGGAUCUGCCGGUGUCCCACAUGCCUUCUGCAUCAAUCAUAGCGAGACUGUAGCACGCCAAUGUAUUCAUUGGCUCGGGAGUCUUCUAAAAAGCGAGUUUCAGGCCCGAACAUUUGAAGAGGAAUAUCCAGAACUACUGGUCGAGUAUCGAAGAAAGCAAUCUGAAUCUAAGUUAGCGCCGUUUGAUCCAUACGCACAAUAUGUUCAUCCAGGCUCUCGUCCUCGAAAGAUAACAGUUCCACUGAAUAAUGGGAGCACAUCGACAAGCGUGCGACGCGAAGAAUCCGAAGUUGUGCCCGACUCUGAAGCUGAGAACGACACUGACACGUCCAGUAAGAGCAGCGACGACGGAGACUAUAGCGAAACUAGCGCCCAAUCUAGCUAUGGGAUAAAGACCCGCCAGCAUAAUCGGACAGACCUCCCUUUUAGUCCCCGGAAGUCUCGAUCGCGGAAAAUCAUCCCUGUCUCCGACUCAGAAAGCGACGAAAAUGGGUUGGGUCGUAGUGUAAAUGAAGUCCCAUCUGGCGUAAGACGCUCUACGCGAAUGAAGAAGGUAACUAAAGUGCGGCUUGACUUCGACGAUGACGAGUAUACCGACGAUGACGGUGUCUCCGAGCGCCGAAGGAGCAAAUCUCAUGCGAAGGCGAAAAAGAACCGUGUCAAAUCUGCCCGGCCCAUGUAUGGUCAUUUUCGUAGCAUUGAAUCCCUUGAUCAAGAUCCCUUUUCCGAUGAUGAGGACAAUGAAGUGCUGCGACAACAUCGCAGUAUUUGUGAGAAAUGCCAUUUAGCACCAGCCCACAAAUUACUCGCAGCCUUCCAAAAGAAGUCAAAAGGAAAAGGUAAAAAGCGAAAACGAAGCACCGACGACGAAUUUGAACAAUCCGACAGUGAACAGACUUUUAUCGACCUUGGUGGAUGGGUUCAAUGUCUUAAAUGUCCUGUUAGCGCCCACUGGAAAUGUUUGGCAAGUAACCAACGUGAUGAAGUCUUGAAGGCUGUUAGAGCUAAGGACCUUCAAAAAUGGGAGAAAGACCAUCCUGGCGAAGCGAUACCUGCUCUUCUUAAAAAAACGCAAUUGGAUAUAGAUCAGACUACAGAGUUCAUUUGCGGUUCUUGUAUGCGUGGCGGCAUAUGUAUGGGCUGCAUGGAUAUUGUUAUACAUCCCGACCCUUCGCGCCUGGAUUCCACUUUCAUACCGAAGACCUCAGAUGUCGCUAUGAGUGACGCAAUCACGCAAAUAGAAGACAAUACAGUCGUCCCCACUCUGGCACGGGAACUCCUCUUUCGAUGCUUUACAUGCAAACGACUUUCGCAUUACCGACACCUACCCAAACCUGCCGUUCUUGGCGAUGAUCCGACGAUCCAUGAAAUCGCAGGACAUUAUCAAUCGAAGAGUUGGUUGUGCGGUGAUUGCUCAUCUUACAAGUAUAACCUAGACAAAAUUAUUGCCUGGCGUCCUUACCCUGCAAACGCCUUAGAGCCCAUGACGAAGCAGAACGAAACGGCAAAUUACAAGGCUAUGCUUCCUCGAGAAUAUCUGGUAAAAUGGCAAGGGAAAAGUUACAGGCGUUUGGAAUGGGUCCCUCACAUGUGGCUUGUAGCAACUAACCCUUCAAAACUCAAGAACUUCAUAUCAGGGGGGACAAAAAUUGAGCUACUCCAAACUCCGGUAGAAGAUAUUAACGAAGAUUCUAUGCAAGUUGACGCGCCCGUGCAGAAUGCGUUGUUUGAAAGCGAAUCGACAGCUUCAUCUGCUAAACCUCCGAAGAAAACAAUCAUAUCUGCUACCUCCCCUUUGCCGGAUGCGGAGAAGAGAAUACCUCCAAGUUGGAAACUCAUAGACAGAGUUCUUGAUGUAGUACUGUGGCGACCUGUUUUGAAACGGCAGAUCAAACCUUUUGGUAAAAAGGUCUUUAGGAAGAAAGUGAUCGCCAGUGAGGAAGAAGCUUCUGAAGUCGAUGAAGAAAGAGAGCGCAUCACUCGGCUUGUUUCUGAAAAAGGAGAACAGCCGCCUCCCAAUUUAACAGAAACCUUGGACGAGUGGAAGGAGCACAGUGGCAAACUGAUAGAAACGGAUAUAGAUAAGGUUGCUUGGGCUUUCAUCAAAUGGAAUGACUUAGGGUACGAAGAAGCGACAUGGGAUUCUCCUCCAAAGAUCGGAGAAAAGGGGUACGAUGCAUUCCAAACCGCCUUCAAAAGGUUUAUCGACUCGCAAAGUGUUGAAGUCCCGAAGCACUCCAAGAAAUACUUGGAAACGUUCGAUACUCGCAAGUCGGACGCCUAUAAAAAGUACUGGUUGCAUGACGCUUCAAAGCUGGACCUUGGCCAGGAUUCGCGGCUAAAGCUGAUGCCAUUCCAGGUCGAUGGUUUUAACUGGUUGGGUAGUAAUUGGUGGAACCAUCAGCAUUGCAUCCUUGCAGACGAGAUGGGUUUGGGUAAAACCGUACAAAUUGUCAGUUUUCUUGGGUAUAUAGCGAAGAUCAUGAAAGCCUUUCCUUCGCUUGUCGUAGUCCCCAAUUCCACCAUAACUAAUUGGGUCAGGGAGUUCGAACGAUGGGCCCCAAACCUGCGAGUUGUUCCCUUUUACGGCGAAAAGGUGGCUCGAGAUGUGUUGAAGCAGUACGAGCUAUUCCACAACCACACUUCGACGGAUAACCUCAAAGCCAAAUUUCACGUUCUAAUCACUACAUAUGAAGCGUUGGUUAACGGAAAAGAUUUCACAAGUGUUUUUAAAAGUCAACCUCGAUGGGAGGUUCUUGUCGUGGAUGAGGGUCAAAGACUCAAGAACGAUAAUAGCUUACUCUUCAAAAAGCUAAAUGAACUAAACAGCAUCCACCGAAUCAUUAUGACGGGGACCCCUCUCAACAAUAACAUGCGCGAAUUGUUCAAUCUUAUGAAUUUCCUGGAUCCCAUUGAAUGGAAAGACCUUGAGACGUUGGAGAAACAGCACGAGACGCUUACCGAAGAUCUUGUGAAGCAAUUACAUCAACGUUUAAGGCCUUAUUUUUUGCGUCGCAUUAAGAGUGAAGUGCUUGAUUUACCUCCAAAGAAUGAAGUGAUUGUUCCGGUAUCAAUGGCUCCGUUGCAAAAAGAAAUCUACCGUUCAAUCUUGAGUCAUAACCUUAGCCUCCUCAAUGGAUUAACACAACCGUCAUCCGGACCAGGCUCGAUUCAAAAGGGGCGGAUCAACAAUGUUCUCAUGCAGUUACGGAAAUGCCUUCAGCACCCGUAUUUGUAUGACGAAGGUAUCGAACCUCGCAAUUUACCAGCUCAGGAAACCCAUGAAAAACUUAUUGAUGGAAGUGGGAAACUGCGUUUUCUCAAAGCGUUGUUACCAAAGCUUAAAUCAAACGGGCAUCGCGUUCUGUUAUUUAGUCAGUUUGUCAUUGCUUUGGAUGUCGUGGAAGACUUUCUGCAGGGUGAAGGUUACAAGUUCCUUCGAUUGGAUGGAAAUACGAAAGGCGCUGUGCGUCAAAAGGCUAUGGAUGAAUUUAAUAAACCUGAUUCAGAAUAUUUUAUAUUUCUUCUCACCACUCGUGCAGGAGGUGUUGGUAUCAACCUUUAUACGGCCGAUACGGUGAUAAUUUUCGAUCCCGAUUUUAAUCCCCAUCAGGCUAUUGCACGCGCCUAUAGAUUUGGGCAAAAGAAAACCUGUCUUGUAUUCAAGCUAAUGGUGAAAGAUUCCGCAGAAGAGCGUAUCAUGCAAAUUGGCAAAAAGAAGCUCGUCUUAGACCAUCUUAUUGUACAGAAGAUCAAUGAUGAUGAAGACAAUGGAGGAGAAGACGUACAGUCCAUCCUUACCUAUGGUGCCCAAGCACUCUUUGAGCCUGAAGAAUCAUCGCGAGAUAUCACAUAUACCGACAAUGACAUCGAUAAACUCCUGGAAAAGACUGAAAGAGAAGCUGUCAAAGAGGCCCCGAAAGCCUCUGGCGGUCUCACUUUCGCUUUCGCUAAAGUCUGGGCAGCCGAAAAGGAUGCUCUAGAAGACAUAGGUGAAGAGGAUCAAACAGAUUCGUGGGCUCAGACACUAGAAAAGAUCAACCAAAACCGAGCAAAGGAGCAAGAAAAGGAGGCUGCACUGUCCGGAAGAGGCGCUCGACGGAAGGCGGCAGACAUUGCAAAGAACAAAAUACAAGUCGGUGUAGGAGGUUCAGAAUCAUUUAAUAACAAAUCAAAGCAGAGUCCUGGUGGUUCUGAUGCCGGCUCUGUCUACUCUGGCUCCGAUCAUCAAUCCGAGAUCGAAAGCGACAUUGACAAUGAAAUUGUGGACGAAGAUUUCAUUAUGAAUAUCGAUCCUGUACGACAAAGGCCAAAACCAAAGGUUUUGCGUCCUGUCGACGAUGAGUAUCCUGAAUGUGGCCUUUGUAAGCAACAUCAUGGUGUUGCUGAAUGCCACAUGGUGGAUCGAUCAGAGAACCUUGCAGAAUACCGGGAGAUGUUGAUUUUGCACCCCGACGACGAAACAUGGGAAGAUAGGUGUGAUGCAAUUCAGGCAAUUGACGAGAUCCUUUACCAACGAGGUCAUUUAUCGCUAAUUGCCGGCCAACCUCUUCACCCUUUACCUCCCGGUGCGCCUCCCACCGUUUUACAACCCCGCUUACCAUUACCUGGACGUUCCAAUGCUCAAAUUACACCAAACCCUUCUGUCGUAAAAUUGGAUACUACAGAUUUUCAACAGGCGGAAUCUUCCAAGCAAGCUCUGGCGAAACAAGAUUAUUCCAAGAAAAGACAAAAAAUUUCAACGGCAUCCUGUUGUCCUGUAUGCGGAAUGGGCAAUCAUUUGUUGAAAGAUUGCUCUAUCAUCGUUGCCGGCUCAAAAAGCAUUUCUGAGAACAUUAUGAAAUUAGAAACGAGACUCGCUAAGGAACCUUCGCUCCAGAGCACCAUUGACAUCAUGCUCAACCUUCUCAAGAAAGCCAAGAGCCGAGAGAACAUAGAGAGCAAACAGUAG